UGUUAAUACUUUUGAGGAAAUGGUGAAUUGUUUCAUGAAUUGUGUGUUAGCAAUUGAGGAAAAACUAUUUUAACGAGAAACUCCCGAUGCUCGUCUGAAAUCUCUUGGAGAUGACUGAGGUUUGUGUCAAUAAUCCCGGAACGCUUUUAAAGGUUGUCACCCGGAGCGCUUUAAAUGUGACACCGGAGUCCGUGCACAUGGGUUUGUGUCGGUAAGUCGCUGCAUGUUUCGCUGAAUCGCGACUGUUAAACGAGUCAGUUAUUUGCUUGUAUAUAAUUUAUCAUGACGAACAUGCCUGGAAUCUUUAAUUGGAUAAUAUAGAUGCCAAAUAAAGGCAGAAGAGUGAAGCAGCGUGAUGGGCAGCAGGAGGAUGAGCAUGAUGUGCCCAUCAAGCAGAUGAAGGUGGUGAAUGGCUCAGCUCCGCUGUGCUUCGACUCGCCGCGUGAUUUCUUCCAGAGUCUGAUCAGUCCGGUCGGGCUGGACGAGUUCUUCCAGCAGUACUGGGAGCAGAAGCCAUUAGUCCUGCAUCGGUCCGAUCCGCAUCUGGCCUCUUAUUACGGCUCUCUGUUCCAGCUGUCAGACCUGAAGCAGCUCUGCGCUCGCAGCCUGCGAUACGCCACGGACCUCAAUGUCUGCCGCUGCGUGGACGGCAAGAAGAAAGUGCUGAAUAAAGCAGGGAAAGUGAAGUUCAGCCAGCUGAAGAAGGACUUGGAGGAGAGGAGAGCCACCAUACAGCUGCACCAGCCACAGAGAUUUAAGGAUGAGCUGUGGCGCAUUCAGGAGCGGCUGGAGUGUUUCUUCGGCUCGCUGGUCGGAUCCAACAUCUACAUCACUCCUGAGGCCUCGCAGGGCCUCCCGCCGCACUACGACGAUGUGGAGGUGCUGAUCCUUCAGCUGGAGGGACAGAAACACUGGAGGCUUUACCAGCCCACCGUUCCUCUGGCCCGCGAGUACAGCCUGGAGCCUGAGGACCGCAUCGGGCCCCCGACACACGACUUCAUCCUGCAGCCUGGAGACCUGCUGUAUUUCCCCAGAGGAACCAUCCAUCAGGCGGACACACCGGCCGGGGUGGAGCGAUCCUCUCACCUCACACUCAGCACCUACCAGAACAUGUCGUGGGGCGACUUCAUGCUGGACGUGAUUCCCGGCUGCGUGUUCGACUGCAUGAGACGAGACGGUGAGAUGCGAUCCGGUCUGCCUCGUAACCUCCUGACGGCUCCCAGCUCCGGUUCUGAUGUUAAUAAGCGGAUGAGUGUGUUUCUGCGGCGUCUGGCCGAUGCUCUCGAGCGUGACAAUCACGAGCUUCGCUCCACUGCUAUGAAACGAGAUUUCAUCUCCCACAGACUGCCACCAUACCUGCUGGAGCAGGCCGAACUCGAACCCGCUGGGAAACUGCCGUCGCUGGAGGACACUGUGUGUAUCCGCUUCAAAGAGCAUCUUCUUCUGACGGUGGAGCCCAGUCAAGACAACACUGACGAGGCCACAGAGCUGGUGGUGUUUGUGUUGCAUUCGUUAAAGAACAAGAGAGAAACGCACAUGAUGGGAACACCUGAUGAUGAUGAUGAAGAUGAUGAUGAAGAGGAGGAGGUCGUCUCGCAGUUCCAGGGCCUGCGCUUCCCCUCGUCUCAUCUGGCCGCUCUGGAGCAGCUGCUGCGAGUCGAUCGCGUCCCGGCUGCGCAGCUGCAGCUCCUGAAGGAUGAAGAUAAACUGGGGCUGCUGCUGGGACUGUGGAGCGAGGGACUGCUGCAGGUCUGCCAAACGCCUUAAACACCAGCUCAUCUUCAUCAGGAACGGUUUCGAACUGUCAGGAAUUGUGCCUAAUUGUAGCUGAAUGCUGAAUAAAACAAGUCAUUAUCCAA